AUGUCAGUCCAUUGGAAAGAUGACCCCAAUCCAUUAAAACAAAUAUGUCUUGUUGAUGUUGAGACGGCACCAAACCUGCGCUGGAUCACAAUUAUAUGUGGGAAUCAAGUAAAUCUGUUAAAAGCCUUCGCAUUAUGUUGGGAACUACUAGCCCCGGACAUACAAAUAGGUUUUAACGAUUCUCAAUACGACUGGAAAUUUAUUGUGGAGAAAGCUAAGAAAUUAGGAAUUCUUGAAUGGAUGUUUAAUCGUAUGUCAAUCAAACCAUCAAGUCUCGAAAAAAUCGAAAAAUGGCAAUACCAAUAUAAUAGUAUAAAGGUUAAUGAUAGGAAUUUCUAUUCGAAGCAUCUUAAAAUCCCUGGGUGUGUAGCUAUUGAUGCCCGACCAUGUUUUAUGAAAUUCUAUCCUAAGGCCGAAAAGAGCAGUUUAGCAUAUUACCUAAAGGAGUGUGAGCUCGAUAACAAGCUGGAUAUGCCUUUCCAUCGUAUGUUUAAGUAUUAUGGAAGGGCAUUAAAAGAAACCAAUGCUACAACGGCCGAGCAGAUGCGCGAAGUAGCCGAAUAUUGUAUUAUUGAUGCUAUUAGCUGUCAGCGGUUAAUGGUAAAGCGUAAUGCAAUUAACGAGUAUAGGGAGAUGGCAUCCGUAGCCUUCAUAUCAUUAUACGAUUCACAUUAUUUUGCAAUAGGAAUGAAAGUGCGUAAUCUUUUAAGUGCCAGUGCGUGGCAAGAAAGGAUUUUAACUAGCACCAUUCCAUGUGAACAAACGGAAACAGGGAAGUACCCUGGAGCCUAUGUUUUCCCACCGGUAAAGGGUCUCGAAAAUAGACGACCUGUAACCGGCUUAGACUUUGCAUCAUUGUAUCCAAGCCUUAUCAUGACAUACAAUCUCUCACCUGAUAAAAUCAUUUUAUCUCGAGUGUUUGCCGAAUCUCUAAAGGAGAGCGAGCAUGAAAACCAAGCCGAAAUGAAAGGCCUUUAUCCAAAAGUAUUAGAGGAGUUGCUUAUUAGACGAAAUUCAGUAAAAAGCUGUCUUGCUCCAUUAAAUGAUAAAAAAGAAGAAUUAGAAAAGGAGAUUAGUUUGGCGGAAGCAAGGGGCGAGGACGUUACAGAUGCUUUAAAAUCUGAAUACUCUUCAGUUUCCUUUAAUGUCGCCUGUCUAGACGCAGGACAACUCGCUUUAAAAGUGUAUAUGAAUACGUUUUACGGUGAAGCCGGGAAUAGUGGAUCCCCUUUCUUCUUGCGAGCAUUAGCAGGCGGGGUGACAUCAGCUGGUCAGCGGAAUAUCAAGCUUAUUGCCGACCUUGUCAGAAGUAAAGGGUUCGGUGUAAAAUAUGGGGACACUGAUUCAUUAUACCUUGUUUGUCCAGAAGGGUAUUUCCGGGAGUGUGAUGAGAAAUACAUUUCAGAAAAGAUAUCGAAGGAAGAGUACUGGGAGGAGAUGGUGAGAAUAUCUAUGGAAGCAAUGAGGGUUGAGAUUGUAAAGCGGGGACAGUCUAAACACUUUCGUGAGGUGGGUAAGAAGGUCAUGGAUGAAUCUAUGAGGCUGGAUAAUACACGCACCUUGCGUCAGAUUGUGAAGGACGUGCUCAAAGAGACCAUAAAUGAUAUUUCGCAGAUACAUCUUAAUGGAGUGAUUAAAACUGCUGUGUGGAAGCCCGAUAAAAAUAACAAGAGUGUCCAGCGUUUCAUUUCACGAAUGCAGGAUAGACAUACCCGUGAAGAAGCGGAUGCCAAACGGUGCAUAAAAAAGGGCCUAACACCCGAGCCUUAUCUUUAUGAAAUCCCAGAACCAGGUGAACGCUUUGAGUAUAUUGUAGUUGAGAAUGGUUCGUCAGAUAAGAUCGGAGAUAAAAUGGAGUAUCCAGAGGUAGUGAGGCGAUUAGGUAAAAAGAUCGAUAUCAGCUAUUAUCUGAAAACUGUUGUUGGCCUCUGUGCGCGAUUUAUAAACUAUGAUGAUAUACACCAGCCAUCAUCUGAAAUUGUGCUGGAGGCCUUAAAAAAGUUAAAAGAUGGCAAUAAAGCGGGUGGUAAUAAAGCAGAUGACGGUGGGGUGGAUGAAGACGACCUGGACGAAGAUGAAAUGGAUGAAGACGAAAUAGACGAAGAUGAGGUAUCAAAAAUAAGAGAUGCCUUAGCGCAAAAAUUAGCUGAAAAGUGGGUUAGGGGGUAUAUCAAAAGCCUACAUGAUGGUCCGAAAAAAGAUAAAACUAUCAUAUCUCAUUUAUGGGAAGGAGCACGCAUUUACGCGAAAAAAUUAUUUGAUACUACUUAUGCCGACAAGGGAGAAUGCCUGACUAACAGUGCUUAUUGCCAACCUUUCAUCAAUGCGCUGAAUAAGCAAGAAGAAUCCAUCCGCCUAAAACUUUCAUCAUUGCUUAAAGAAAUUUCCGAGGUUGAUAUAGAGUAUAGAGAAAGUAUGUAUAAAUUAGUUACUAAGAAGCGAGCAAUGUCCUUAGAACAAUAUUUAACAUCAUAUUAUUUGGAUGAGUGUAAGCUACUAGCAGAUUUCCGAAACAUAUGGUACAAAGUGGUUGGCCUAGAAAUCACACACUACCGAACAUUGUCGAAAUUACAGGAUAGCAAAAAAGAUGAUUCAUCCGAAUCAGAUAUAGACGAGAUUAUCGAAUUAUAUGGAUAA